GAGACUAGGGAAAGAAAAGGUGGUUCACUCGCCCCGUCUCUCUCGUCUCGUCUCUCCCUCUCCCUUCCUCCCACCGCCACCGCCACCGCCACCGCCCCCAUCGGCUUCGCGCCUUCGAAGCCUCAACGUUAGACCACCGUACGCACGCCUCUCCUCCCCGCAACAACCCACGCCAUCGCUCGCUCUCCGCUGCACGUCCUCGGCGGCUAAGCUCGUUGGCAACCACCCGCGCCUCUGGAUGAUGUCAGAUCAAGUGGAAGUUGGAAGCAUAAUGGAAGAGCAUGGAGAGAAGAAAGGUAAGUCAAAGAGACUUGUCAGGAAAAAACAGAAGGAUAACAAGUUAAGGGAUGAAGGAGACCAAUUACAGGAAACAAACAGUGCACCCGACAGGAGCGAGGUCGAUCAUACUUCUGUGGUGGAUGACCAUUCUCAAGGAAUCAGUAGCAUGUCUAAGAAGGCUAACAAGAGGAAGAGGAAGAAAAGCAAUCAAAACUUGUCAGAAGAAGGUGAUCUGCUACUGAGAAAGAAUGAUGAAACUGAUAAGGAGGAGGUUUAUCGUAUCUCGUCAGGGAACAAGGAUACUUCAGAAGGAAUGAAGAGUAAUGGUGAGACUGGUGAUGGGGUUGUGGAGGAUGAUUUGAAUGAGCCAACCAUGGGAGAAAAGCUUGAAAAAUUAAAUUUGGUAGAUGGUGGAAUAAACAUGAGCCAUGAAAAACAAGACCUCACCCCUCUUGCCCAGCCUCGCGCUGACUCUGUUAAUGUUUUGCUCAAGCAAGCAUUGCAUGCUGAUGACCGUGCCCUCCUCUUAGAUUGCUUAUAUACACAAGACGAGAAGGUUAUAGCUAAUUCUAUCUCUCUUUUGAACCCAUCUGAUGUUCUUAAGCUUCUGCAAUUCCUCAUAUCCAUAGUUGAAUCCAGGGGUGCUGUGCUUGUAUGUGCUCUUCCCUGGCUGAGAAGACUACUGCUUCAGCACUCUAGUGGAAUAGUGUCACAGGAAGCUUCGCUGGCUGCCUUGAAUUCUCUGUAUCAGCUCAUUGAAUCGAGAGUGUCGACCUUUCGGCCAGCUCUUCAACUAUCUGUCUCUUUGGACGUCCUUUACGCAGGAGUAAUCGAUGAGAAAGAGGAGGAAGAUACUCCAGUGAAACCAGUGAUUUAUGAAGACCAUGACAGUGAGGAAGAGGGAUCAGAAGAUGCAAUAAUGGACAUCGACCAUCAUAGCCCCGAGGAGGAAACAUCUGACAUAGUAUUCGAAGGAGAUAGUGAUGCUGAUGAAAUGAGCGACUAAGUUGGUUGACAAGCCAUAAGAAUGAGGUCCAUAGGGAUACAUUAGAAGGAAGUGUAUAUUCCUUAUAUGGAAUUUGAUACUGGUCCAAGCAGAGUGCAGUGGCCACAAGGAUGCGUUUGUUCUUACGGACCCUAGGUGGUUAUGUCAGAGGAGACACUAUUCUUACAUGGAUAUAGACUUAGUGAAGAUGCUGGAGGACUCAGGCUGUGACUAGAAUACUGCAGAAAUGAGCGCAGCAUGUCAAGUCACUAAUUCCUUCAAGUUUUGUUCUGAUCUCAUUUUUGUUGUCCUUAUGCGAUGUGCCAUAGACUCCUACUCUAUUACCAAGAAAUGCUCAGAGAGCUGCUGUUUUCCUCCCUUUUCCGGUUGAUGCCUUACUCUUGAUAACAGAGGCUUUUAGUGUUGUUUGAUAUCACUACUCCUUCCACUCGUGUA